AAAUGCGAGAGAGCUCCUUAAAACCUCCUUUUCUGUCAGUUAGCUUGAGAGAGAGAGAAGUUGUAGAUAUAUAGAUAUGGAAGUUAGAGAGAAAGAGAGUGCUAAAAUGAUUUCUGGGCUCUUCUUCUUCUGAACCAUCUCUGCAGCAACUGUUCUUGGAACUGCAAGAUUUGAUCUUGUUAUUAGAUACACAGAUGCAAAAAUGGAUUUUGUGGAGUCUACAAAGAUUGUUUUUGAUAGAAUAAGGGAGCUUGAACCCGAGAAUGUUUCGAAGAUUAUAGGGUUUCUUCUUUUACAAGAUGGUGGGGAUCGCAGAAUAACUGAACUAGUCAGUUGUUCUGAUACUGAUUUUCGGGAUUUAGUGUAUGCAGUCAAAGCUGAAUUAGAGGUAGCCCUUAAGCAAGGGCCAAUCUCUCCUACUAUGAACUCAGCACCCGUCUCUGAACUUUCGUCACAGUUCAAUCCAUUCUCUCCAAUUCCCUCUCGACCUCUUUUGCCUCCGACAACAUUUUGGCCCCCCUCAAAUUACUGGGAUCCUCAAAUUGGUGCUCCCAAGCAUAAUCCAGAUUUUAUACCCCAAGCAUACUUGGAUUCUAUUGCUGAACUCCAGAAUCGAAUGCAGCAGUUGAGUUUUGAGGAAGAAAUGGAGUCUGUCAACUUGGGGAAUAUGGGGUUGUCAAGUGACUAUUAUUAUUCGGAUUCUGCAUUUGGUAAUUUAGGUCCAAGAGCAGGUCGUCGGUAUCCAACAGUGUUUGAGUUUCCUGUUAAAACUUGUCACUAUUUCAACAAAGGGUUUUGUAGGCAUGGAAGUAAUUGUAGGUACUUCCACGGACAAGUUUCAGAGAAUACCCCUCAAAUGCUUGGUCAUUACUCAAAUGGCAUCAAUGACGAUCAGAUUUUCUCACCCGCUUCACUUGAGAAGUUGGAACGGGAAAUCGUGGAGCUCUUAAGAUCAAGGAAUAGGGGUCCUGUUUCAAUUGCUUCUCUGCCGAUGUUAUAUUUUGAGAAAUAUGGAAAGGUUCUCCAGGCAGAAGGGUAUCUUACGGAGAGUCAGAGGCACGGUAAAGCUGGUUAUAGUUUGACAAAGCUUCUCGCUAGACUGAAAACUAGUAUUCGGCUAAUCGACAGGCCUCAUGGGCAGCAUGCUGUGAUUUUGGCAGAAGAUGCGUCAAAAUACUUGGGAAACAGAAAUGAGAGAAAUGAUCCAGGUCCAAUCGUUAGUGGGUCACGGCAAAUAUAUCUUACGUUUCCCGCUGAAAGCACAUUCACAGAAGAUGAUGUAUCCAACUACUUCAGCUCUUUUGGGCCAGUUGAGGAUGUAAGGAUUCCCUGCCAACAGAAACGGAUGUUUGGGUUUGUAACCUUCGAGAAUGCAGACACUGUUAAGAUGGUUUUCUCGAAGGGAAAUCCACAUUUUGUUUGUGGGGCUCGUGUUCUUGUGAAACCCUACAGGGAAAAAUCAAAGCUUGUUGACAGAAAGUAUCAGGACAGGAUUGAAUCUCCAGGGUAUUAUCCCCACCGCGGUGCAGACAUGGACACAGAGUUUUAUUCGAUGCCAAGAGGAUAUGAAACCUCAAGGUUGUUCAGGAAGCAGCAUAUGGAAGAGCAUGACCAGGCUCUCGAACUCGAAAGGAGGCAUCUAGCGGAGCUGCAGGUGGCAAGAAAACAUGCUGCUAACCACCCUUACUAUGAUUACUCUACGGAUGAGCGAAAACUCUCAGAAGCUCGUUUCAAUAUGCCAUCCGGAGAUCGUUUCAGUUAUCUGCUCGGUGUUCUCAGCAGUGGCUCUCCCAAUGAUGAUAAAAUUAGGCAUACAGAAACAAAUAGGACUGACCAAGUCAGCAAUCAAGUACUGAAUCUACCGGAGAGUCCAUUUGCAUCUCCAUUGACUAGCAGCAUAUCUUCACUAAUAUAGUUUCAGCAGCACACAGAAGACUUGCAUAGUUACUGCUUCAACUUCGACUACGACUUUGGUUCAAUACGUAACAGCUCUCCUUUUCCUUACCCAUGCUGUCACCAUUUUCGCCUCGCUCGACUGUUUUUGGCAAGUAAAUACUGGACAAUGCGUAAACAGUGGAAGCAUCCGCUUGGUAAAGUAUUUAGCUAAUCAGAAUAAGAUACAUAGAAGUACAUGUAAGAAGGGUCACUACUGCAUAGUUUUCUCUAAUGUCUAAAUCACAGAUAGAAAGCUAAAUUUCUGAAUCUUUACGAGACAAUGUACGUCUCUAGUCGAAGAAAAGUACCACAACACAGUGUUUGGAGAAGUUAUGUUUAAUAUCCUCCGAUACACCGAACUAUAGAUGAAAUAACAUUAACUACAGGGUUAGUAGGAGCUUAAUUAUACCAGUCUAGCUGACCUUGUUUUUCUGUUCGUAAGUUUGAAUCUAUGAAGUACUCAUCUUCUGCACUAAUAGAUGCAGUUUGU